UCGUAAACAAUACCAUGAAAUAGUAUAUAAUGUGUUGAUGUCUAACAUAGAGAACGUUAAAUUCACGUGCAAACAAACCAAAGAUACUUUCGAGCGUUGGAAGUCACGUGACCUCCGGAAUAACAACAUACGGAAGUAUAGGCGCAACCGUCAAGCAAUCAUAACACUCCUUGGCGCAAUGGUAGACGUAUCGGGAAACGUCGAGAUUUCCGGCAUUUCCAAAGCGAUCAAGGUGUGUGCGUGAGACGCGCUCCGUUAAUUCGCGCGUGUGAUCAUCUAUGCUAUAAUUCUCUCGAGCAACGGCGGGAUUCUGGAACCUUGAGGGUAACCCUUUUAUUUUCAUUUGCUCAAGAUAAAAAUACGCCGUCUUGUGAGCUUCUGUACUCUUGAUAUACUUGAUAUCAGUGCUGAUGUUCGCUUAACUAACCAGAAAACUUGCUUCUUGUUUCAGAUCUAAUGGAGUUUAUAGCCGCACGAUGGGUGCGGUUCCCAUCCGAGGUGCAGUCGCGGUGGUUGUGGAUGCCGUAUCGGAGGAUCCGGUUCGGACCAAACGAGAUCGGCUCGAAGAUCUAUUGCAGAACGUGGCCGAUCCUGAGUUCCCGUUAUUUCGAGGUACAUCAUCGUUUGUCGAAGAUGGGGAAUCCAAGAAAGAGAGAGAAUUUCUCGCAAUCGGGGGAGAGCGCGGGUUCCUCCUACGAAAUCCGCCAUACUUGCGGACGCAAGGUUACGCCGGUGGAAAGAGGCAUUUUCGAGUGUGGUAUCCAGGAACGCAGCUCGAGGAUGCGUCCUUGUACGAGUUGGUUGCGAAUGGCGAAAAAGCAGAAAAGGAUAAUAAUUUUCACGCGAGUUUACCAACGAUCGCGUGACCUUUCUCUCUCUCUCUCUAUCUACCUAUCUAUCUAUCUAUCUAUUUCUCUUUCUCUUUCUUUCUUUCUCCGGCAUCACUGCCGGAAGACCCACGUCAACGCGUGCACACGCACGUGGAACGCGCCGAUUGACGGAUGGCCUCGACGAAUGCACCGAUAUCGAUUCGCGAUCAUCGACCGGUAUGUACCACGGGUUCCUCUCCCCCGACCGUCGGCCGACUCCGUCGCCGCGUUUGUGUGUUCGUUGGUGAGGCAUGAUACGACAUGACAGUCGGUUUGUACGCGACAUUAUGAAGAUGUCCCCGACGUACGGGGCGAAACGACGACUUCGAGGACGAGGACGACGGCGUGCGAAGCAUUUACGAACAUUUCUAUACGUCAAUCCCGUACACAUACACACAUAUACGAUCCGUAUUCACGUGCGUGUGCACACGUGUGCACGGGCGUGCCGGCGCGGGAUCGCGCUAGUGUGAGGUGCACACCGACGUAACACGCAUUAUCUGAUGGCACUGACAUACGUCUUCGCUGUCAGCCGAUCGUUAAGGGAACAAUCAGAGUCGCUCGGACGCAUCGGCCAGGUUGGCCCUCUUCCCAUCUCUUUUCACCUUCCUCUCCGUCCCACCCUCCUCCCUCCCCCCGGCCCCUUCGUCGUUUGCUUUCCUUUUGUCUCAAGUAUUCUUCGUGUGCCGCGUCUCGAACGAUCGAUAUUAUAAUUGAAAUUUUUCUCGACUCUCAAGCGAACGGGGAAGGUGAAGAUACCAAUUCUUGGACGCGUACCUAACUCCGGGCAUUCUUAUUGUUCUGGUCUUCAAACACGAAUAUUUAAACUCACAACAUAAAAUAUAAGCGUAUUUUUAAGGUACGUACCUGGCUAUAGACAAUUAUUGCAUGAUCUUCUGAUCAGAUUGAUCCAAUCAGUUAUUUAGUCUGUGUAAGGUGAUGUUGUCGUAUUCUAAUUAUUAAUAAGAUUCUCAUUAUUAAUGAUUACAAUAAUUGUUAAUAAGGUUCUAAUUGUCAUGCUGCGUUAGAUAACUGAUCGUGACUCGAUAACAGCUUAUAUACAAACCAAAUAAUUGAUUGGGAUCGACCUGAUCAAGACCAUGAGAUAAAUUUCUAAUCAGGUACAUUCUAUGUUGAAAAUUUAAAUUAUUCGUAUUUAAAGAGCAAAACUAUAAAAAUGACCGGGGAUACGUCCAAACAUUGGUACUUUGAUCUUAAAUUGAUACGCGAUUGUGGUAUCCGCAGGUUAAUUGUGAAUGUUUCUUUCUAGCGUGAAAUCGAGAAAAGAGAAAAUUUUCUAAGUUGUAAAAACAUUUAGUAAUGGUUAGUUUCCAACAUACCACAUGAAAAAAUAAUUUGAUUGAAUUAGCCAAAUAUCUGAUAAAACAUGAACGUAUUAAAAUUCCGGCUGAAGUUACCAGAAUACCGUUCAAGUUAACAAGAUUUCUGAUUAACCAGAACUUGAAACUGUUUCAGGUACGUUCCUAUUUCAUCAUUUCAUCUUUUGGUUAAUCCGACCAAAUUUUUUUUCUGUGCACAGCAGAGAAAAAAUUCAUGAAAAAAUUCCCUUCUGCUGAAAUAUCGCGUCUAAAAGACGAAUACGGCUUGGUGGCAGAAAGGUCGAGAGGAUUAAGCUUCCCAUCUUUUUCAAGCUCGCCUCGCGUUAUUGGAUUAACGUUAGUCAGCACGAACGAAACGAACGAACGAACGGAGAGAGCGAUGAGAUGAGAUGCGGAUGUCGGACCACUCGGGGCGACUGUUCCCCGAAUAAAUCUGCUAAAACUUUCAGUUACGUCCGAUAUAUCUCAAUGAUUUCGAAAUCUGAGGAUUUCAAUGAUUUUUCAAUACGCCCGCCGCGACACCCGCGCCUCCCUUCGCGAACACACACGACGGGAUAUACGACCACUUACAUCUUCCAGGUGCUCCUGCAAACCGCUCCUUUAUUACGUGACAAUAUUGCCAACGCUUCUUGCGGGCAAUAAUGCGCCUUAAGAUCCGCGCCAGAUGUCACCGCGGAUAGCGGGUCAUAUACGAGACCGAAAUCUCAAAUAUUAGCGGAAUCGAGGAUGGGAACACAUCCCCCUCGGCAAUAUCGCACUGUCCGACAUCGUUCCGUUCUCUCGCGCUCUUCUAUCUCGUGAAUAUCCGCCGACAACACGUGCGCGAAACGGCUUAUAAAACUUCUCGCGAACGCCGCGUCGUGUCACGCCGGGAUCGCUCGGUCGCGAUAUUUUUUUUCACGUUAGAAAGAGCCGCCUAGUACGCGACAUCUUGUCUUGAUAUAUAUUGUAUAAUACACGAUGUACAAACAAUAAAGAAUGAUGCACAAAAAAUAAAGAGAGAAAUAUUUCGUAUUCAAUAAUUUGUAGUAUUCUAUAGAGAGGAAAAAUUGCCUCGAUAUAAAAGAAAUAAGAAUACUAGAUAGACUCAAGAUACAUAUUUUUUUAUAAUAUCCCGAAAACCACAAAAAAUAUCGUGUUUUGCAAUGACUGCGAUAUAAAAAAUUUCUGCGCGAUACAAUCUGUAUGCAUAAGCUGCAGAAUUUUUACAAAUAAAAAAUAUUGUAUUAUAUAAAAUAAAAUGUUAUCAAUAAAAACAAUCCAAAAUAAUAUAACUUUUAUCAUAUCGUUAUUGAGUCUUUGAGUGAACCAACAGACGAUA